AAGGAGGAUUUUGGUGCUGGGUGUGUUCUGCCGUGGCAGAACGGGGUCAGUGCCACCCCCUCUCUCCUGGGGUGACAGGAACAGAGCCAGGUCCUGGUCCAGGACACCUGGUGUGGCACGAGUGGCUCAUUCCCGGUUUUUAACUCCCUCAGGCCGCCCAGCUCCUUGCUCAAUGACAGGAUUUUUAUUUCCCCCCGACUGUUUCCACUCGCGUUUUUCCUUUCUGGACGCCUCCCCCUGCCUUUCCCAGGCUUUUCUGUCCCUCUGUGUGACACAGCCGAUGACAAGAGCCCGUCCCGACCUCCUGCGUCAGGGCACAGGCAGCGUAUGGGGCUGGAGGCGUGUGAAUAUCCCGGCACGGGGACGAGGGGGGGUUUUGCAUUACAGCCCUGAAAGCUCGGCUCUCUGGGAGCUGUAAACAGCUCGGGCAGAUUUCCUGAGUCGGCAAUCCCGCCGGAGCGAGCGCCUCCGUCCCUGCGCGCCGGGAACCGCGGGGAGCGCUCCGGGAACGCUCCGGGAACGCGGGGCCAGCCCUGACGGGGUCUACGAGAGGCUUCUCCUCCUCCUCUCUCCCCGCUGCUCCCUCAAAACCUCGCUGCCAUCCGCUGCUGCCUUCCCCAGCCGGCAAUCCUGCCAUGGCAGCUGGCACUGCCCGGGCAGCGCUGCCAGCCUUGGGGACACCGCGGGGACACGGCCGGGCAGCCCACGCCAACUAGCCCCGGGGGCACCCCAGCCCUGCCCGCCAUGGAGCUGGACAAGGGCGACGUCACCACCCUGAACCUUCCGGCGGGCGCCGGGCACGGCGACGCCGACGGCCCCGCGUGCCUGGACGUGCCCGAUGGCACCCCCGACCCUCACCGCACCAAAGCCGCCAUCGAGCACCUGCACCAGAAGAUCCUCAAGAUCACGGAGCAGAUCAAGAUCGAGCAGGAGGCGCGGGACGACAACGUGGCCGAGUACCUGAAGCUGGCCAACAACGCCGACAAGCAGCAGGCGUCGCGCAUCAAGCAGGUGUUCGAGAAGAAGAACCAGAAGUCGGCGCAGACCAUCGCGCAGCUGCACAAGAAGCUGGAGCACUACCACAAGAAGCUGAAGGAGAUCGAGCAGAACGGCCCCAGCCGCCAGCCCAAGGAUGUUUUCCGGGACAUGCACCAAGGGCUGAAGGAUGUGGGCGCCAACGUGCGCUCCAGCAUCAGCGGCUUCAGCGGCGGCGUGGUGGAAGGGGUCAAGGGGGGGCUCUCGGGGCUCUCGCAGGCCACGCACACGGCCGUGGUGUCCAAGCCGCGCGAGUUCGCCAGCCUGAUCCGCAACAAGUUCGGCAGCGCCGACAACAUCGCCCACCUGAAGGACACGCUGGACGACGGGCACCCCGAGGAGGCCUCGCGGGCGCUGAGCGGCAGCGCCACGCUGGUGUCCAGCCCCAAGUACGGCAGCGAUGACGAGUGCUCCAGUGCCACCUCGGGCUCCGCCGGCGGCAGCAACUCAGGGGCCGGCCCCGGCGGCUUGGGGAGCCCCAAGUCCAACACGCUGGACAGCCACCACAACAACUUCGACACCAUCCUGGAGGAGCUGAGGGAGAUCAAGGACAGCCAGUCGCACCUGGAGGACUCCAUGGAGGACCUGAAGGCCCAGCUGCAGCGGGAUUACACCUACAUGACCCAGUGCUUGCAGGAGGAGCGCUACAGGUACGAGCGCCUGGAGGAGCAGCUGAAUGACCUGACGGAGCUGCACCAGAACGAGAUGACCAACCUGAAGCAGGAGCUGGCUAGCAUGGAGGAGAAGGUGGCCUACCAGUCCUACGAGAGGGCACGGGACAUCCAGGAGGCCGUGGAGUCGUGCCUGACGCGGGUGACCAAGCUGGAGCUGCAGCAGCAGCAGCAGCAGGUGGUGCAGCUGGAGGGGGUGGAGAACGCCAACGCCCGAGCCCUGCUGGGCAAGUUCAUCAACGUCAUCCUGGCCCUCAUGGCCGUGCUGCUCGUCUUCGUCUCCACCAUCGCCAACUUCAUCACGCCGCUCAUGAAGACCCGCAUGCGCAUCCUCAGCACCGCCCUGCUCGUCCUCUUCCUCUUCUUCCUCUGGAAGCACUGGGACUCCAUCAGCUACUUCCUGGAGCACGUGCUGCUCCCCAGCUGAUCCGCCGGCUCCCCCAGGGGUUUUCGUUUCCCGACGAGGAGGGGGACACGGGGUGAGGGUCCGGAGGUUUCUCCGCGCGCUCGGCUCGGCUGCGCUCCCAGCCCUCCACGGCAGCCCCUUGGAUCUGGGAUCCCUCUGGGAUGUUUGGGAAGGGUGGGAUGGGGAGCAAGGAGGAGUUUUGGAAGGCGCUGGCGAUUUCUGGCUUUUUCUAAGGGGUUUUGGGUGGUUUUUUUUCGGGUGGUUUUUUGAAGGUCGUCCUGAAGUCCCCGGGAAGGAGGAGAUCUUCUCCAGGGGUCUUCAGUUGGUGUGAAGGAUUGAGCUGGACCAAACCUGGCUCUGGGAGAACUUCCAGCAGGGAGAGGAGAGGGCUUCAUUGGGGCAGGAUUUUCCCUUUCGGCCUCGGUGGCAAAAAGUCCCUGGGACGGAGCGAAAGCAAAGCAAGGCGGAGGUGGAGACAGCAGGGCCACCACAAACACGGCAGGACACACGCGUGCCACCAGCCUGUGGCACAGCCCGGCCACAGCGCGGGGCUGUGACACCGCCGCGCUGUCCCCGCAGGGGCUGGGCGCAGCCAGGGCAGUCAGCACCGGCACAAACCACACCCCCCGCGCUGGUUUCAUUUCCUGACUUCCCAAAUCUUUGGCUUUAGUCGAUCCGGUCUCUUCAGGGACACCUGGACUCGUCCGGCCUCUGCCCCGUGUCGUGUGUGCGUGUGCGUGUGUGCGGUUUUUAAUUUAAUUCCAUUUGUGAAUCGAAGCUGGUGGGGCAGGGGGAGGAGGGGCAGCCCUCCAGCCCCACCCCAGAGCACAGCAUGCUGUCUCGGAUGGUUCUUAAAUUAUUUCAUACCUAUAUAUUUAUGUAAUAUAUCUAUACACACACAUAUAUAUAUAAAUAUAUAUAUAAAAUACCUGCACA